AUGCACUUUCCUGGCGAUCGACACCACCAACAUACGACCAGCAUGGCUAACGAGAAUGACAUGGUCCCUCGUUCUAUGCCAUCAGCGCUGAAGUUUGAGCUCACGGCAAAGUGCUCAACGACCAAGGCCCGCGCCGCGACGCUCCAGCUCCCUCAUGGCCCUGUCCAGCUGCCGUUGUUCAUGCCCGUAGCCACCCAGGCAUCGUUGAAGGGCCUCACGCCGAAACAACUUGACGAGACGAGCUGCAGGUUAUGCCUGAACAAUACCUACCACCUAGGAUUGAAGCCUGGCCAGACAACACUGGAUGCCAUUGGCGGGGCACAUAAGCUACAGUCAUGGCCUCAUAACAUCUUGACAGACAGCGGCGGCUUCCAGAUGGUCUCGCUCUUGAAGCUCGCCCAGGUCACAGAAGAGGGGGUUCGCUUCCUGAGUCCGCAUGAUGGCACACCAAUGCUACUGACGCCAGAGCAUUCGAUUUCACUCCAGAACUCCAUCGGCUCCGACAUCAUCAUGCAACUAGACGAUGUCAUUGCGACCACAUCACCCGACCAUGCCCGGAUCAAGGAAGCCAUGUACAGGAGUGUCCGCUGGCUCGACAGAUGCAUCGCUGCUCACGCGAAGCCAGAAACGCAAAACCUCUUUUGCAUCAUCCAAGGUGGCCUUGAUCUCAACUUGCGUCGUGAAUGCUGCAAAGAGAUGGUCGCGCGUGACACGCCAGGCAUUGCAAUCGGUGGUCUCAGCGGUGGCGAAGCCAAGACUGAGUUCUGCAAAGUAGUGUCUACUUGCACUGACAUGUUCCCGAUCCACAAGCCACGCUACGUGAUGGGUGUCGGAUUCCCGGAAGAUAUCCUAGUGUCUGUCGCACUGGGCGCUGACAUGUUCGACUGUGUGUGGCCCACCCGCACAGCACGCUUUGGCAACGCAAUCACGAAUUCGGGGUGCUUCAAUCUGAAGAAUGCGCAAUACGCUUGCGACUUCCGACCCGUCGAAGAGGGCUGCCGGUGCGUCUGCUGCAGACCACGGUCAGAAGGAGGCUUAGGCAUCACGCGAGCAUACAUUCAUCACACGACCGCGAAGGAGACCGCGGGAGCGCAUUUACUAAGCAUGCAUAACGUGCACUACCUACUGGAUCUCGUGCGGAGAGCACGCGAGGCUAUAGUGACUGAUCAGUAUCCAACGUUCUUGAAGGAUUACUUCCGCAAGCUCUAUGCGGGCGACAAGCCGAAGUAUCCGGCUUGGGCUGUCGAAGCUCUUGGCGGCGUUGGUGUGGAUCUUCUACAGGACUGA